UUUACGGCAGCUUACAGCCAAGGUGUUUUUCAACAAAAUGAUUGGACAGAAAACUAUUAACUCGUUUUUUACGCCUGUCUCGAAAAAGAGAACUUCUAAGGAUUUAAAUGGAGCCGAGGAGGAUGCUAAAGACCCGAUUGUGCAGAAGAAGCCGAAGUCCUCGGCGGUGGAGCCAGAGCCGUCCAGCCCUCCUCCUGCUCCUCUGUCCCCGGAGCAGCUAGACAGGAUCGCCCGCAACAAGAGAGCAGCGUUGGAGAAACUCGCUUCCGCUCAAACACCUCCAGGGUUUGGAGACAGCUGGAGAAACGGACUGUCGGCAGAGUUUGGAAAGCCUUAUUUUAAACAAUUGAUGCAUUUUGUUUCUGAAGAGAGGAAACGCCACACUGUGUACCCACCUGCUGAACAUGUCUUCACCUGGACGCAGAUGUGUGACGUCCGGGAUGUCAAAGUGGUGAUUCUUGGCCAGGAUCCAUAUCAUGGUCCUAACCAAGCCCAUGGAUUGUGUUUCAGUGUCAAAAGACCAGUGCAUCCUCCACCCAGUUUGGAGAACAUGUACAAAGAACUGGUCUCCGACAUCAAAGGCUUUCAGCACCCUGGACACGGAGAUCUGACCGGAUGGGCCAAACAAGGUGUGUUGUUGCUCAACGCUGUGUUGACCGUCCGAGCGCACCAGGCCAACUCCCACAAAGACAGAGGCUGGGAGGCCUUCACUGACGCUGUGGUGCAGUGGCUCAGCAACGACCUGGAAGGCCUCGUCUUCAUGCUGUGGGGAUCUUAUGCUCAGAAGAAAGGAGCCGCUAUUAACAGGAAACGCCACCACGUCCUACAGGCUGUGCAUCCUUCUCCCUUGUCUGCUCAUCGAGGAUUUUUUGGGUGCAGGCAUUUCUCUAAGGCCAACGAGCUGUUACAGAAAUCUGGAAAGUCUCCCAUAAACUGGAAGGCACUUUAAGUUGUUAUGCAUGCAGCUUUUCUAACAUGUAUGUUGGUUAACUACAGACCAAAACACCCAUAAGCUUUCUCAGUUUCCUGUUUUAGCAAUAGCAUGUGCAAAGGUGUCUGUAUGAAAGAUUUCAUGUUGGCAGUUUACACUUUACAGUUUUGUGCUAAACACUGAAUUUUCACAAAAGCCUUUUUCUUAAACUGUUGCGAUACAUAUUGUAUCAUCUGCACUUGUUAGUUUCAACAUUGUAAAUAUGUUUGUUUUCUCUUUUUAUUGAAAUAUUGGUUCUAUUAAAGUGGUUCCAAAAAGUG